AAAGUCAAAUUAUUGGGUUACUUCUGCUCAACUCCCUGCCAAACUUGUUAUAUAUAUAUAUAUAUAUAUAUAGAGGGAGAAAGAUAGAUUUAUAUAUCUAGAGAGAGAGACAACUGCCCUGUCUUUCUUUGAUAACUUUUUUAACGUUUGGCGAUCUAAUUACAACCAACAGCUCGAAACAUCCAUAUCGAUUCUUGGGGAUAUAAGGGCCAUGAACUUUGCCUGUUUGCUGCCAGUCCGAAAAUGGCAAAUCUAGUUUAUGUAUUGCUGUCUGCAUUUUUGGUGUUGUCCUGUGCUUAUCUUUGCAGGGCAACAGUUCACACAGUAGGCGACAAUUCCGGCUGGGACAUCAGCACCGAUCUCGAUUCUUGGUCCAAGGACAAGACAUUCUCUGUCGGCGACACCCUCUUGUUCCAAUAUUCUCAAUACCAUUCGGUGAGCGAGGUUACGGAGGAGAAAUACAAGGGAUGCAACGUGACCGAUGCACUGCUAUCGAGCAAUAACGGGAACACGACGGUUGCCCUGACGGGACCGGGUGACCGUUACUUUGUCUGCGGCAAUCGACUGCACUGUCUGGCGGGAAUGAAGCUUCAUGUUAAUGUUGUCCGAGGGAGUCUGGUCGAGUCGCCAGCUGGCGCUCCAGAGGCUCAGCCUGGCGGCGGUCUCCCGCCGCCGGGAACCUCCAAAGCCAAUGGCCCUGAAAAUUCUGCUGCUUCCGGCCGUGUUAGUACGGACAGUCUGGUCCGUGUGAUGUUCGGGGCGUUUGUGGCCUCGUCGAUGCUGAUGUGAAUACAAUAUGCAAUAUAUCUUUUUCCCUAAUUAUUUAU